GUAUGGUCCCAAAAUGCCUCUCGCAGUGGAUUGCACUGCUGAACUGAUUCGUUGCAAGGUCCUGGAUUCAUCUGGCAGAGUGAAGUCGCAUGAGCUCAUCCUCUCUUAUGGGCUGGCUCUUGUAAGGUUUGUCAACUUGAUCACAGAAAGGAAACAGAAAAUGGCCAGCAUUCCUCUGAGACAAUUAGCCAAAGAGGUGGAUAUCCCCAUCUGGGUGGUGGAUCUCCGUCACGAGCUGACCCACGGGAAGCUGCCACGGCUGGCUCUGUGCCGCAAGGGUUGUGAUGUUGUGCUGGACUGGCUACGAAAGACAUAUUGGAGCCGUCAGCUAGGCAAUAAUUUGUGUGAAGAAAGUGAGGACGAGGAUGAGGAGGAGGAAGAGGUGGAAGCAAAUGUAGAGUUGGACAAUGAUGCGUGGGAGAUUCGAACCCCACAGCAUGAGGCCUGUCAGAAACACAAGGAAUUCCAUGAAAAAGUCAGAGAUGUGCUGAUGUCCUACAAGAAUGAGCAGUUUCGGGUUAUGCAGACUGUGCAGUCUGUUUCGAAGUCUCGAGAACUGUGGUCUGAUUCCUCUUCAGAAGUGGACUGGAUUUUGGCUCAGAUCAAAGACCUGAUGCAAGAGAACAGGGAGGCAGUGGCUGAAGCUCUUAUCAGUGAUGGUUUUCUCAUCCCAAAGAUGGAUUGUCUGAAGAUGCUGAAUAUCAAGUAUGAAGCACAUAAAGACGUAUGGCAGUUCAAAAUUCCUCAGACAUUUUACUGCUUUUGGCAGCCUUUGCUGACCGGCCUCCUUUCCCGAAGUUUUACACAGAUCCUAAUAGAGAAAAUGUUUGUGGAGUUGAAGGAAUGCUCUGACUCUUCAGAACUCCGGCCUCAGUUCUUGAUCUACUGGAUUUCUGAGAUGCUGACUGGCAUUGCCAAAGUAAAUGCUGGGAAGAAGAGACAACACUGUAACAAACAGGUGUCCAUGAAGGAGCUCUUCCUCCAUAAAGUUCCUUUGCAGUGGAUAAGACUGACUGAGAAUUGCUUGGAAGCUCCCUGCUGGGCAACCCCACACCUUCUUCAGCUGAUACUCACAAUCAUGAGACCUCGCUUGCCACGUUCUUCGCGGAAAAACCUUCUCUAUCUCGCUUCUGUUUACACGGAAGGAAGUGGCCCUUUGUCCAGUCCAGGCCUCUCUUCAGACUGCAGUGAACAGCCAAUUUACACUAUAGAGAGCUUACAGUGGAGGGCCAGGCAAGAAAAUCAGGUUAAAAAUCAAGGGCAGACCAUAGAGAAACAAGAAGAUGUGCUGGAGAGAGAUGAUGGUGUAGAGGAGGUGGAAGAGGAGGAAGAAGAGAUGGUAACUGAAACAAAUUCUUUGGAAGGACUUGCUCAUUCUGGUAACAUGGUGGCUAUUGCUGAGAAAAGGGCAGCGCUGCAGGGGUCCGCCUGGCAGAUCACUGCAGAUGAAGUACAAUGGAAAGACUUUCCUCUUGGGAAACUCCCAGGUCAGACAGAUGACCCUGAUGGUCUCAUGUUGGAUAAUUAUUCCAUGAUGUCCCUGCUUGAUCAGCCAGUGAGAGAUGAGUGGAAGUCUCCCAAUACAAACUCUGCGGAACCGAAUAUUCCUGUGACAGGAGGAUUGCUAUGGACCCAGAAUGACUUCCAUAAAAUAAAAAGUGGCCUUCAACUUUUCUAAAACAGCGGAGAGAGCUCUGCGGUUUUCAGUAUUGCACAAGAUAAGUGACAUGGGAGAACUAGUAAUGGUGAUGGGGAAAUAGCCACUCCAGGAUAUAUUUCUUUUUUUUUUUCAUG